CAUGCUGCUUCGAGGGAACUUCCUUGUGGUCAUUCUGGCUAUAGUGCUGCUAGUACUAGUAUCCGAGGGAUUUGCCGGUCGUAAAGGUGGCAAAGAUAAAGAUGGAAAAGGUCGCAAAGGUGGUAAAGGUCGCAAAGGUGGUAAGGGUGGUAAGGGUCGCAAAGGUGGUAGAGGCAGAAAGUUUGGACCUUGCUCAAAUAUUUGUGAAGUGGAACUUCUUAAAAAUUGCCCGAGUAUUUGUGGACUUGAACCGGGGUAUGACUGCGUUGUUAGCUGUUGGAAUAGGUGCCUGAAAGAUAUAAAUCUGCCUACAAAACUUGCUCUGGAACCGUGUAUGAAAAGAUGCACAACAGGUCCUUCUCCCCCGCCUCCUCCUCCCCCUCCCCCUCC